AGAGUAUAAAGGAGUCAGAAGGCUUCUGUGUUCAUCAGAAAAUAGAGGGAGCUCGACGGUUUGAGUGGAAGUUAACGCCUCUACAAACAUCCUGCUUUAACAUGAGUGGAACACAAGACGAUCCGAUGGAUGGAAACAACUCAGGAGGGGGUUCAACUCAGCCUCUGCAGCAGAAGAAACUUGAUGCAGCAGAAAUAAAGAGGGUCCUACAAGAACUGAAGCCUGUGCUACAACCACGAUAUCUGGAGUAUGCUGAUUGUUGGAUGAAGGAAAAUGGCGUUGAGCCUAAAGAGCUACUGGAGUUUUUAAAAUCCAUGCAGAAAGAAACGAAGCUGUCUACAUCUUCCUGUCUAUCGUCAUUGUCUUGGACUCUUUCAAGCUUUUCCACCGUGACUCUCAGUUCUGUGGUCACUGGACAAACGUUCGGAGCUCACCAAGUCAUCAUCGAUCAGCUGAAGAUCAAACAACUGAAAGUGACUGAGCUUACCACCAGAAACCAGCACCAGUGUCAGAGCAUCAUCCUUUUCUGUCCAGUUACAUCCACGGCCCAGUCUGCUGUGGAAGCGGCGAUGAGGACUCCAGCAGUGGCUGCCACUGACAAGAGGAUUUUUCUGGUGCUGCUGCAUCACACUCGAGAUGUCGACUACUAUCCUGGAAGGAGCGGAACAGAGAAGUUCCCCAGGGUUUUGUCUGAGUAUCACGUUCUCUUCCAUGAGACUCAGAAUGGCUUUUUCAAAUGUGAACAGAACAGUCAGGCCAUCCGUGAAUUAAGAGAAGCAAUUUGCACACAAUUUGAUCUCAGUUAGAUCAGAGGGCUGCAGCCCAGCCUCUGGAGCCUCCUGUGGCUCCUCAGCCUCUCUGGAGUGGCUCAAAUCAUCUUAUUGGUCUUGUUUUAACAGAUGUACUCAAAGACACAAAAGACUUGUCUGACAGCUCAGAUGCAGUUUUGCCUGUAUGUUGGAUCAGUGAAGAGAAAUCAAGAAACAACAAAACUGUGACAGAAAUACAAAACAGCUGACAUGGCUGAAAGCAUGGAAAAUAUCUUCAGAAUAGAAAACUGUUAAGCUACUUCAAUACUAUCAACAAGUAAACUAUCUUCCAUUAUGUAUACCACUAUAAACUGAUUUUAAAAAGGCUGCAGAUCUCUGAGUUAAAUCGAUGCACUCGUAAAAAAAAAAAAAAAAGGAAACUAAGACAUUGGCUUGAUUUCAUCCUGUCAUGUCUGAGAGUAUCAACAUCUGAUUGCUGACUGUGUGUGUUUAUUUCAGCCUAAUAAAAAUUAGUGUGAAGAGGUAAUCUGUUCUGUUUUGGAUUCAGGCAGCAGACCACUAUUCCCACAUACUCCAACGGUCCCAUCCUGGUUUGGUCUGUUGCUGUGGUCUCACUCCUCUGGACGUUACAGCCGAUCAACCAUAACUGACCACUUUCUCUUCUUUUACAGUCAAACUCACUCUCUCCAUCACGUCUCAUCUCAUUCUGUAACUCUAACAUCAACCCAGCUCUCACUUCAUGUUAAGUUAAAUCCCUCUCAUGUGCCAAAGAGAGAGACUAUGAACAGGAAAUCCUUUCACGGUAUAAUGUUCAGGUCAGCAUUUUUUAAAUAUUUAAUGAAUACUUUACAUUUCUCGUGAUGUUUAUUAAUUAGUUUUGGUCAGCAUCUUGCAAUUUCAGGUCUGACAAAACUGAGCCUCUCACUUUACUGAACUAUUACAGUGCUCUUAUUUACAGUGUCAACAAAGCACGACUAAAUGUUCUUAAUGCAAAAGGUUUCUCCAGAAAAAGGUGCCCAAACUAGAACACUAACGACCACAAAGAAGCCACACACACUGACACUGGAGAUGCAGGGUGGAAAAGCGCAGUUAAAAACUGGUUUAAAAACUAGUGUAGUUUUUAAAAACCGGUUUAAAAACUAUUUUACUUAUUAACUGUGGGAGGAAACCAGAGAAAGUGGAGAAAACUGUUUUUGCAGGCCAUUUAAUUCAGAAUUUUAAAGUCACAAAUCAGAAUUUAACUGUUAUUUUUCAGUUUACUUUACUUCUUGUCUUUAUUUCAGCUGUUUAACUUCCAAAUAUGUUAUUAUUUCGAAUGUAUUAUUUAGUUAUUUAUUUUGAUAAUUAUCAUUAUUAUUUUUCGUAACUCAUGAGGAGCAGGAGGACUCUAUUUCCCAGAGUUCUUUGCGGCUCGCUCCUUCAGGGUGGUCCUGCGUGAGGUGGGAGCGCACCAUCCUCCAUCCUCCAUCCCUCCGCACCUCCAUCCCUGACGGAGCUCAGUCCUGACCACACGGAGGCUGGAUUAGACCCGAACCAGAACCAGAACCAGAACCAGAACCGUGACCGGAGUCUUCCCGUGCGCGCGCUCCGUCCGCGGUCUUUGUGUGUGGAGAUGGAGGCGCCGGAGGGCGGGGUGUGCGGGGUGUGCGGGGUGAAGGUGAUGUGCCGCUUCAGGCCGCUGAACGAGGCGGAGCAGAGCCGAGGAGACAAAAGCGUCCCCAAAUUCAACGGAGAGGACACGGUGGUGGUGGCGGGGAAGCCGUACGUGUUCGACAGAGUCCUUCCUCCCAACAGUGAACAAAUCCAGGUGUACGACACCUGCGCCAAGCAGAUCGUCAGAGAUGUGCUGGGAGGCUAUAAUGGAACCAUCUUUGCUUAUGGGCAAACGUCAUCAGGGAAGACCCACACCAUGGAGGGGACCCUCCACGACCCCCGCCUCAUGGGGAUCAUCCCUCGGAUCGCCACAGACAUCUUCGACCACAUCUACUCCAUGGACGAGAACCUGGAGUUCCACAUUAAGGUGUCUUAUUUUGAAAUCUAUCUGGAUAAAAUCAGAGACCUGCUGGACGUGUCGAAGACCAACCUCGCAGUCCACGAGGACAAAAACAGAGUUCCUUUUGUGAAGGGCUGCACCGAGCGUUUUGUUUCAAGUCCCGAAGAAGUGAUGGACGUCAUCGACGAGGGAAAAGCAAACCGGCACGUCGCCGUCACCAACAUGAACGAGCACAGCUCUCGGAGUCACAGCAUCUUCCUGAUCAACAUCAAGCAGGAGAACGUGGAGACGGAGCUGAAGCUGUCGGGGAAGCUGUACCUGGUGGACCUGGCAGGCAGCGAGAAGGUGAGUAAAACCGGAGCAGAGGGCGCCGUGCUGGACGAGGCCAAGAACAUCAACAAGUCUCUUUCUGCUCUGGGGAACGUCAUCGCAGCUCUGAGUGAAGGAACGAAAACUCACGUCCCGUAUCGAGACAGUAAGAUGACCCGGAUCCUGCAGGACUCUCUGGGGGGAAACUGCCGGACCACCAUCAUCAUCUGCUGCUCGCCGUCUGUGUACAACGAGGCUGAAACCAAGUCCACGCUCAUGUUUGGACAGAGAGCUAAAACCAUUAAAAACACGGUGUCUGUGAACCUGGAGCUGACCGCCGAGGAGUGGAAGAAGAAGUACGAGAAGGAGAAAGAGAAGAAUCGCAGCCUGAGCGUGAUGAUCCAGAAGCUGGAGAACGAGCUGAAGCGCUGGAGGAAAGGCGAGUCUGUUCCUGUGGAGGAGCAGCUGAGCAGCAGGAGCAAGAAGAGCAGCAGCGACACGCCGGCGGUGGCGGACAGCUUGGCCCCGCCCCCCGCCCCUCUCUCUGACGAGGAGAAGACGCAGUACGAGACGCUGAUCUCCGACCUGUAUCAGCAGCUGGACGACAAGGACGACGAGAUCAACCAGCACAGUCAGUCCUGCGAGAAGCUCAAGCAGCAGCUGUCGGACCAGGACGAGCUGCUCCUGUCGAGUCGCCAGGACUACGAGCGGCUGCAGGACGAGCUGUCCCGCCUCCAGAAGGACAGCGACUUGGCUAAAGACGAGGUGAAGGAGGUCCUGCAGGCGCUGGAGGAGCUGGCCGUCAACUACGACCACAAGAGCCAGGAGGUGGAGAACCAGAACCGCCGCAACCUGCAGCUGAACGAGGAGCUGGCAAACAAAACGGGGAGUCUGGAGGCGGUGGAGCGGGAGCUCAGCACUCUGCAGGAGAUCAGCACCCACCACAAGAGGAGGUCUUCAGAGAUCCUCAGCCAGCUCCUCAGGGACCUGGGUGACAUUGGAAACCUGCUGGGGACCACCGACCUCCGGACGACGACCGAGGUCGGCGGGCUGAUGGAGGAGGAGUUCACCACGGCUCGUCUCUACAUCAGCAAGAUGAAGUCAGAAGUCAAGUCUCUGGUGAGCCGCAGCAAGCAGCUGGACAUCAGCCUGAUGGAGAACAGCUCCCGGGCCGAGGCCACGGAGAAGGAGCUGGGCUCCUGCCAGCUGCUGGUCACUCAGCUCCAAGCCAAGCUGGGCUCUCUGACUGAAGACCUGCAGCGGGUGGAGCAGAAGAAGAGGCAGCUGGAGGAGAGUCAGGAUGCUCUCAUGGAGGAGAUCGCCAAGCUGCACGCUCAAGGACAAAUGCACGAGGUUACAGUGAUGGACAAAGAGAAAGAGCAUAUGAGCAGGCUGAAGGAUGCUGUGGAGAUGAAGAGAACACUGGAGGAGCAGAUGGAGAACCACCGAGAAGUUCAUCAGAAGCAGCUGAGUCGGCUGAGAGACGAGAUCGAUCAGACUCACAGAGAGGUGGAGCAGCUGAAGGACUUGAGUCAGGCUCUGCAGCUGGAGAACAGGAAGCUGCAGGCGGACAUGGACAGACUGAGAGGCGAGAACCACGUCAAAGACCAGAAGCUGCAGCGGCUGCAGUCUCUGAAUGAGAAGAGGGAGCAGGCCAAGGAGGACCUGAAGGGUCUGGAGGACACGGUGGCCAAAGAGCUGCAGACGCUCACCCACCUCCGCAAACUCUUCAUCCAGGACAUGGGCACCCGGGUGAACAAUGUCUCAGAGAACUCGGACGAGGCCGGCGGCAGCCUGGCUCAGAGGCAGAGGAUCAUCUUCCUGGAGAACAAUCUGGAGCAGCUCAGCAGGGUGCACAAGCAGCUGGUCCGAGACAACGCGGACCUUCGCUGCGAGCUGCCGAAGCUGGAGAAGCGUCUGCGGGCGACGGCGGAGCGGGUGAAAGCUCUGGAGACGGCCCUGAGGAACGCCAAGGAGUCGGCGGUGAGGGACCGCAAGCGCUACCAGCAGGAGGUGGACCGCAUCAAGGAGGCCGUCCGCUGCAAGAACGUGUCCCGCAGAGGACAGUCGGCCCAGAUCGCCAAGCCAAUCAGAGCGGGGCAUCAGCACCACCACCAGGCCGCCGCCUCCUCCGCCCUCAGACAGGCCGUCAGAGGCGGCGCCGCGUCCAGGCCUCGCCAUCACUCCCCUCAGCAUCCGGGGGCGCAGCAGCCCCCCCAGCAACAGCCGCAGCAACAACCGCAGCAACAGCACAAGUAGACGCCAGGUUGUGACUCCCCUGGGUCAUGUGGAUGUCUGAACUGGACCGAUCUCACCACUCUGCCUUUCCUACAAGUACAACAUUCCACCUGAGCAGCCGACAGUGCUUUCAUGUCCAACAGUGUCUUUAGCUUGGCUCUUUUUUUAAAUUAUUUAUUUAAUUUAAAGUGUAAUUAAUUAAUUUAUUGACAUUUUUGUGAUCACAGAUUGUUUCUGCCUUCUGGACCAAUGAACCGGUCUCAGUUCUACCUGAUUCGGCCCUUAAAUCCAGACUCGCCUCACGGCACAGUCACAGGUUCAGAUCUCUGAAUACGGACACACUGAUUCGUCUGGCUGCAUUUCACUGACACUGAUCAACAGUUGUUGUGUUUACAUCUCUGUGUGUUUUCCUGUGGCUUUGCUCUGAGACGUUGGUUUUCUAUGGAUGGACGGAUCAGUGGCUGGCAGGGUGGAGCAGAUCAUGCUGAUGGUGUAAACGGGUGGAGAAGCGAGCCUUGCAGAUGAAUGUGAGGGUGGAGCAGGUCUUCUGUUUUCGUUGCCUUGCUGAAGCAUUUUAAACUCGGACGUCGACUCGAAGACGUCAGAACGCUGAAAUGUGAUCAUGAAUGAAUGAAAGCUCGUUCUGUUCGAAGUGACGUUCAAAGUGACCGUGUUUACUAUUCCCAGAAAAACGCCAGCCCUCAUCGACACGUAGGGAUUCUGUGUAUUUAUUCGGACUAAAUGUAUUUGAAUUAAACUCAACAUGUGUGAUGGUUCAAGUCCCGUGCAGUUCAGUUUGGAGCAGCCGCACAAUCCAGAAGGUCCUGAACAUACAGACCGGCCGUUACUGAUGUGACACUUCAAAUAAGUUCAUUUAUCUAUUAAUUACUUAGUUUUUUCAUAUGUUUCAGGCAAGCAGGCUUUUAAACAGACCUCAGCAUGUUUCCACAGAGUUCCUCAGUCACAGUUUGGGUUUGACAUGUAAUCCACUAAAGUAAAGUAAAAACACUUGGAUUAUUGACACGAGAAAUAGUUUACAAGGACAAAGAAACAACAGAAGGACAAACUGAAGAGAGUCUGUAUGGAAGAACAAAGAAAGAACGAGUUAGUACACAAAAUAUCAAAAUCUAAAUGGAAUGUAUGCAAGAUCAUGGACAGAAAGCAACAAUACACAACAAAAUAGCAGGUUUUAGAUCCAGCAGCAUCACAACAUAAGAAACAAAGUCCAAAAGCUCUCCAAUAAAACAUCGUCGUACUCCCAGAGGUUAAAGACAGAACCACAGACAUUACAGAUGUGAACAUGUAUGAAAAACAAAUGGGAGAAAUGCUGAAGGACGUGUGACGAAAGAGAAAACUUAUUAUAAGAAAAACAAACUAAAUCCAUAACAAAUGAAUGUAGAACUAGCUGAUACCAACAGCCAACAUGACAUUCUUGACAGAAUACAUCAACCUGGAACGUCAUUACAGUCAGUCACAGGCGAUUUAUCAAAAGCACUGGAGAUCAGAUCACAGCAGAUCAAUACUGGAGCAAGAGCUGACAAAACAUUAAAAUCACAAAAGUUCAUGUCAUUUUUCACCAAAGCACCUGUUGAAACAACUGAAAACAGAGGGUUGGUUCAAAGAAGACAAAUCACUCAAAAACAAACAAGCUUAAUGGAGCAAGACUUCAUUCACCUAAACCUCCACUUACACCCAGUUCAAUAACAGAGCAUGCAGAGAGGAGUACAUGGAAAACGUCUGAGGGACGCUCCAUUGACCUGAACAGCUAAGCUCUGUAGACACACUGCUAACAUGAAAUUCACCCAAGAGGAGGGAACAAACAGUACAAUUACAUUUCUGGACAUCAACUUGUAACACAGCAAUUGAUAAACCAAAAAAAGUACACAGGAGACCAACACAUACUGUAUUAGCAGUAUUUCUGCUAUUGCAUACCAGUGUUUACUAUAGACAUCUGAAGGGCACACAGGAAAAAAGGAAGGGAAAACACCUUUACAAUGCACCACCGAACUGCCAAUAUCCACUAUAGGCAUUUAAAAAAAGGAGCACAAGGUGCAAAAAAAAAACGCCGUCAGAACAUUUCAAGAUAUGUUUAUAAGCCUGCUGACCUGAUAAAGGAAUCAAACCACGUCAGUAAUGUGUUACUAUUAAGAAUAAGGAAACCUGAGGAGCUGUGCUGGUCCUGUGAUUGUUCAGACUGACUGUCGUCAUGUGUACAGAGUAAAAGAUGUUUACACCCAUCAGCUGUUUCCUGGAGUGUUGAGAUGUUCACCGAAGCUUUAAGCAGACUGGGAAUGUGUUGAGAUGAUUUCAUUUUGCUGUUAGCUGUGAUGUGAGGGACGUGAAAGCGUCCUCUCAGAGUACUUUUAGAUGUUUUCCACCAAAAAAAAAAUGAGAAUCUCUUAUUUACCAAACAUUGUAUUUGUGAUUUUUAACCAAAGUUUGUGAAUAAAGAGAAAACCUCUGACAUCGG